CCUCCAACGGUCAAAAACGCACAGAACAAAACACCCUCCCACCUGAUCUCCCCUUUCCUCAUAUCCCCCAUCAUUUCCCCUUUUCCAAGAACGAAUCCAAAAGAAAGCCUCUCCAAAAUCACCCUCUCCCUCCGACAUCCUCCCCCCAGGCCUCCGCCGAGCAGCUGUUGGAGUGGGUGGCCCUCUCUCUCUCUCUCUCUCUCUCUCUCUCUUCCGCGACGAUCCCUUUUUCUCGUCACAACUGCAGAAGAUGAGUCUUCUCCAGUAUCCAGAUGCGGCCAAGUCCGAGAACCUCCAGGUAUGGAACAACGCCGCUUUCGACGGCGCCGCCGCGUCCGGGGUGUGCUCCGAUGCCCCCGCCUCCGCCGCAAAGCAUCUUCUCCGGGCGGCGCCUCCUCCUCUCCAACCCCUCUCCGCCAACCGGCCCGAUCGGCUCGAUCUCGAUCCGAUCAAGGAGAACCGCAGCCCCGUCCCCCGUAAGAAAUCUCCCGCUCCCGCUCCCGCUCCCACGGUCGCCGCGAAGAGGGCGCCCCGAGUGGCCUUCAAGGAGCAGCCCGGUGCCGUCGAGGAUGAGAUCGAGAAGAUCGAGAAGGAAGUGGAGAGGCUGUCGGCGAGGCUCCAAGAACUCCGGCUCAAGAAGGGGGAGGGGGACAGGGACUCCCACGCUUCUUCUGCCGCCGCCGCCGCGGAGAAGCGCGGCCGGAUCGUGCCGGCGAAGUUCAUGGACCCGACGAAACAGAGCGCGGCGGCGGAAUCUCCGGCACCGGACAGGACCCGCCAAAGAGGGGUAAGUCUCGGGCCGCUGGAAAUAUUAGGGAGCCCAUGCCCGGCAGCACUGCUGAGCCGGAAGCAGUGCUCGAUGCAGAAAGGCGCUCGGGCCUCGACAAGGAUUGAGGAAUCCCCAGCAACUGCAAAAUCACGGCGCAGAGGACUCAGCCUUGGCCCACUGGACAUCCACGGGAGCAUCAAAUCCAAGCCGCUCGGUAAGCCGGCAGCCACUCCUCCUCCUCCUCCUCCUCCUCCGCAAUCGGUGCAGAGUCGCAGGAGAUCGUCGGUCUUUAAGAAGCUCGAAGGCAUUGAAGAGAAGAGGAGCAGUCCGCAAUCUCGUCCGCCGGCGGCUGCUAAGGCUUUGGAUACGAGGAAGGGGACUGCCAAGUCCGCAGGACCGAUGCCGAUAGGGGUUCGGCCGAGAGGCGUCCUCAGUACGGAGAUAGCCACCAGCAGCAGCAUCCAAACGCUGCAACAGAACAAGCUUCCGCACGCCAAAGAGAAGCCGGUGAAGGGAGACAAGCAACGGAGCUCGAGCGCCAGUCCCAAGUCUCGCAAGCAAUCAGCUGCUAAAGCCUCCGAGCUGAGAAAAGGGAUAGCAACUGCUGGGGCAGCCAAGAAGCCGGUCAAAAGAGAUGGUGCUUCGCUGUCGGUGAUUAAACCAAAAGCUCUUUUCCGUGGUGACGAGAAUACAGCUGGUGCUGAUAAAGGACCUUCAAAAAGUACCAAAUUUAGAGUCGUGGCGAGUCGGUACAGCCUCGCCCCAUCAAGGGUUGGGGGAGGCGAGCCGGAGAGCAAGCGGCGGAAGUGGUCAUUGCCGGAGGCUAAUACGAGCCAAUUAGAGUCUCAAGUGAGGGAGGGGGAGAUUAUAGAUGAUGAUAUGCAGGCCAAUCAGAUGCACUCGACAUCCGGUGGACAGUCUCCUUCAUCGGUUACGAAGGUUGCUGAAAUGCUCCCGAGAAUCAAGACAUUGCGAUGCACGAUCGAAAGCCCUCGUGAUUCAGGAUGUGCGAAAAGAGUUGCCGAAUUGGUUGGAAGGAAACCGUAUUUCGGUGCGGCAGAGGGGGAUGAAGGUGUUUCAUCCUUUCCAGAGCUGAACUUUGAAGAGGAAGAGUAAUUUCAGUUUAAUUCUAAUGUCCUUCCCAUCCUAUCCCUAUCAGUUACUGGUGUUAACAAGAGUGUUGCAGUGCUACCUCUUGAGAAUCAUAGAUAUUGUUUUGUUUCAGUGAUGAUAUAAGUGUUAACGUUCUUUUCUUUUGUUGGGGGUUAGUUUGUGCUUUUUGAAAUUGAAUUCGGUUUUGCGGUCGGCGAUGUAUAUCAGGAUUGUGCUGUUCUGCAAAGAUAGUAAUCUUUCUUUCGCUUACAUGUGACA